AACCCUUUAAAUUUAAGGCAUGGAAUUGUUUAGAAAACUCAUAUUUGGUGUUCAAACUCAAUUGAAGGGUGGAAAAGUUAGGAAGUUAAAUACACUUCCAUGAUUUGGAAGCAGCCGUCAGUGUACAUCUAGUUUUGUUGAAACCCCAUCACUUUGUGUGCUUUCCAAGGCACUGGAGGGAAGGAUAUACAGAACCACAGUUUUGUCACUUUCUGAGGGUGUGAAACUUAGAUUACAGUUGUUGAAAGCAAAGUGUUCACGAAAAUAUCUGGACCUAAGAAGGAUGAAGAAAAUGAGCAGCCUGAACCAUGGGGGAGCGUGUCACUGCACCACCGCCAGCUUCCAAGCAUCGCCCCUGGGAGUCGGCACAAGCCAAGUCAUACUCCGGACAAGGGGUAGUAGGGAGCCCAGCCUCACUAGCUGAGAUCUUUGACACUGCAUUCUCCUCGACAGUGGAUCACCCACCCCACAGCAAUGAAUACAGAACUGAAGAGAUGGAGUUUGAACCACUGUUUGCAGAGAGUGAUGCAGAUGACGUAGAUGUGGUGUCAUUAGAACAGUUCCCUCAUACGUCUGCAGAGCGAACUGUUGGUGAGCCUCUGUAUGCCCAGUACCGCCGUCAGUCAGACGCGUGCUAUCGGCGCGGGGUCUGGCCGCCGCCGCCUCCAUCGCGCCAGGAGCCUGUGACACCGCCUUACUACCGUCUGUUCCAAUCUGAAGAUGCCCAAAUGGACUGUGAUGCAGCCUUGGCCAUUGGAGGAAGUGACCCAUAUGAUGCGGCACGACGAAAACGCGUGCUUCGAGAGGGUGACCGUGCCACGGCAACAAAGUUGAAAGCCAAGAAAGGCGACCAUGUGCGCCUUGGGGAUUCUGGUGAGGGCAGCUCUGGAGGUGCUUCUUGCAGUUUCCACCACCCAGCAAGUGGUGCCAGCACAGGGUCCACUACUGUUGUGGAGAGGCCUUCAGGAGGGCACCACCACCUACCUCCCACCUGCUACCCGUCGGCUGGUGCCAGGAAGAAGGUGCCUCCGCCGCCGCCACCACCACCGCCACCUCCACCACCCCUGGCAGCUGAGAAGAGGCGCUUCCAACUGUUUGCUGCUCCAGAUGAUGUGGAAUCUGACCUGAUCAAUGUGAAUCAAGGCCAUGGGGCAAAGCUGCAUGGCGUUAAACUGGAACAGCAGCAGCAGGACCCUGUCCCCUCACUACAACAGACUGCUCCCAGCUCAAACCCAUUUCCAGGUCCAUCAGGCAUGCAGACUCAAAGCAUUGGGGAUGGCCCUUCUGCACCAGACCUGCAGAUGGAUUGGCUGUCAUCAAGUAGUGACAGUGAUGAUACAGAUGAUGACAGCGGCAUUGAGGUUGUCAGCGUGCAGUAUAAGCAGUCAUUGCAGAGGGACCCUGUGGCUGUAGUAGACCUGACUCAGGAAUCAGAUGAGGAGAUGUUCCCCGUGAGCAGCAGCGGACACUCCGCUCUGCCCUCCUGCGCAGCUUCUUCGGCCCCAAUUGUGGUGACGGACUCCCCUGCAUCACCCAACCACAGUUCCUCUACUGGCCAAUAUGUUCCUUGCAGCACACCGCCCCGUGCGGCACCUCCGCCUUUGAUACGGUUUCGCUUGCCAUCUUGUCGUUACCAGUGCGGUGGGAGCGAGGCGGCCGAGAUCCCCUCCAUGCCUAACAAUGCGCAUCAUUGCAGCGGACUGUAUGGAAGCUGCAUGCAUGCCCACGGGCGCUCCGUUCCAUGGGCACAGGGCCACAGCGGGCCGGCGACACACUCCUACCCACCGGCAGCUCAUGCAUAUUGUCUGGACCCAGCAUUGAGGCUGUCUCCCUUCCAGUAUGGACAGCCAUCACCAGCACACACUGGUGGGGGUUUCCCAUACUUUCCCUCCCUACCUACAGCAGCUCCAGCCCCUCCCCGCAUCUAUCCACUGCACGAACGGUUGUGGCUGUCCCAGCAGCGCAUGCAGGAAAUCCAACGGCGACGCCUGGAUGCUCACUCCAUGCACCUCCAGAGCCGCCCACGAGAAAACCUGUUCCUGGACAUGUACCAACAGCAGCAGGCGCCACCACUGCACCACCACCCACCACGCAUGUCCUCUCAGCAGCAGCAGCAGCAGCAGCAGGGGCAUCACUCGUACGGAAUGCACCACCACCCACACCACCAUCCACACCACCAUCACCCUCACCAUCAUCACCAGCCCCCUCUCCCCACCCCACAGCAGCCCACAGUGUACAGCCGUCCUGAGGUGGUGCCAACGGCUGGUCCAUCUGCCAUGAUCCCACCGCCUGCCCCUCCCAUGGUGCCUCCACCCGAAGUGGAUUUGCUGACUGCAGGUUCCAUGGUUCCUGAUAUACAGACUGAGAUUGUGGUCCAGAGUUCUCCUCCUGGUAUGACAAUGGAGAGCUCCCAUCAGCAUGUUCAUCACCACCUGUACCACUACCACCCGCCAGGACGCAUGCACCACCUGCACAUAAGCAUUGCCCCCACCAUGGCGGCUGGCAGUCCACGUCCGCAGGAGCUCGUGUUCCCACCUGUGCUGCCUCCUGAGCUGAUGCCGUUCCCAUUCCUGGCACGUCACAUGACUGCUCGCUUGGAGGACUACAUGCGCGUCGUGGAGCAGCGUCGCCUCGCGCAAAUGAAUCGUGGUGCCAGUCAGGACACUAUUGAGCGAUACACUUUCCCCCAUAAGUACAAACAGGUGAAGAAGAGCACUGACGACGCAGAGGACAACACAGAGAAGUGCACCAUCUGCCUCUCUGAGUUUGAAGAUGACGAGGAUGUGAGGCGUUUGCCGUGCAUGCAUCUCUUCCACAUUGAAUGUGUGGACCAGUGGCUGGCAACCAACAAGCGCUGUCCCAUCUGUCGCGUGGACAUAGAGACUCAUCUAAACAAGGACCUGCCAUCUACCUGACAGUUACUGGAGUGCCUAGGUUGCAGCCACAAGGACUGAGGAACUCUUCCUACGUAUGUCUUCCAGCUGUGUUCCUUCAUUUUGGUCUGCGAGUUUGUAAUUGUUAGCUGUAUCAUUUACCUCCAGCGAGAGUUUGGUAGCUGUGGAAGGAUGGUUGGGUCAGUGUAAGUGGUGAUGUGAUGAAGCACAAAUAGCCGUCUGCAGCCUCGUUUGAAACCAAGUGAUGCCAAGCCAGAAUAUAGUGCCCAUUUGUUUUACUAUAUUGAAUUGCCUGUUGUAAUUUCAAUAGGGAUUAUUUUAGAUGUUCUUUUUUGUUAGAGCAGGGUCCAAAUUGAAUAAGGUUGGUUAAAAUUGAAACUUCCAUCUUGUUUUAUGUAAUGAAUUUUUGAGUUUUGCUGUUGACACUGAGGUUGGAAUUGAUGGACGAGUGUUUUAUUGGCCUGCCAGCAGGACAUGCUUGUGGUAUGUCGAUGUGCAGCGAAUUUUCAGAGGGUCCCAGCUUUCAUCUGAGGGAAGCCAUGGUACAGCCUUUGGGACUAGCAGAAUCUGGCUAGUGGACAUCCCAUGAAGAAGACAUUCCACUGCUUUGUGGUGAGCAGUGCACUAGGCAACCAGCGUAGGUUCUAUUGUACAGUGGUAUCAGCUUUGAAGCCUGCUAAUACGUUUGAUCAUGUUUUUUGGAAGUUAUGUAAGAUAUUGAAGAUGAGUGAUUGAACUGGUUUUUAAAUUUUUAUAUUGCAUUAUUGUGCUGUAUUUUUAAGUACAGUCAUCAACUUGUUAAAAGACACGAAGUUAGUGACAAUUGUUUCCAGUGUUCUGUGCAGACAACUGGCCACUUUGUAGUGUGGUGCGCUCAAGUGGAUGGUAUUUAAGUUUAUUUAUGUGCAUGUGUAUAGUCCUGUUUCAUGACUUUUGACUCUACAUAUAUGUUACGGUUCCGUUGUGCUGAUGGCCCUGGAGUCUCCGGAUGCCGCCACCACGUUUUUCUUAGUCUUCACCUUGGUGUUUGCAGUUUUUCUCAAGUUCUUGUCCAUGGCAUCAAGUUACAGGUAUUGCUACCUCUCAGCAUAAGAGUGGUCACACUCCUUUGUCUGUGGAACGCUGUUGACAUAACUGGAAUAUUGAUCAGACCCUAAAUCAAGACUAACAGCUUUAUGUACAAAAGCAGCUCACAAGCAGUCAGUAAGCAACACUUGCCCUAAAUGCCACUGUGAUGUCUUGCUCUCAUGCACUUGUGAACAUGCAGCAGUGGGCUGGAUAACUGGGCUUUGAUUCCUGGUUGGGGCUGGAACUUCUCUCAUAACCGCUGCAUCUGGAUUGGUGCUGGUGCCCAUCCAGUGGGUACUAGGAGUAGUUUGAGAGAGCGGGGGAGAAUUUGUGGAUCUUUACCUUUGUGCUCCGUACAUGCCUCAGGGGCAACUUCACCUCGUGGGCAAAGCAGAUAAUCAGGUAGUCCGUGUACUGAGUCAGAUAAGCUCACAAAACCUGUGAACUGCUGUUGUCUGCAUGUCUGGCCAUGUCCUUCAUGUGUAAAUGAAGCAGAUGUGUCCCCUGUGUAUGUGGACAGAUCGGAACACCAUGACACCCUAUUGUUACAGUCAGCUUUUGGUAAAGGAACUAGAUUUGUGACAGCAUUAUGUCAGUGCACAAGAGCAGGAACGUUAUAUGCCAAAACUCGUUAACAGAGUCGGAAUCCCUCUCCUUUUCCGACCCACAGCAUUACAAAUUUGUGUAUCCCUUCUGUCUAUCAUCGCAGGAACUUGUAAACUAUUUUAUAGUUAUGUAAGAUUUGAGGUUUUCACAG